CCGAACCCUCACAUCACACCACCUGGUGCUCUGAUCCCCAUCUGCACGAGCUCAUAUCGCAGGACGUACCUCCAGCCAACUUGAAGUUGUUGAGGAAGGAAAAGCCGGGCAAACAGGAUGGGUCUCGCGUACAACGUCUAUCUUACUUCCAACAAAAUCUUUGGGUGCAAGCAAUGCAAAACACAUCUGGCGGAUUACGACGAUAUCAUCAGUCGGAACUUCCGCGGCCAACAUGGCAAGGCGUAUCUGUUUAACAGCGUCGUCAACAUCACUCAAUCCGAGGCGGUGGAGCGCAGCAUGACCACCGGGAAACACGUCGUUCGAGACAUCGCAUGCAGGCAAUGCAGGGAAACGGUGGGGUGGAAGUACGAUAAAGCCUACGAGACCAGUGAAAAGUACAAAGAGGGCAAGUUCAUCCUGGAAGAAGAGCUCCUCUGCGUGGUAGCCUAGGGCGUUUUAUCUUGGUUGACAGGACAAGGCAUCUCGGUUAUUGGCCGGAAAUGAUUAUUGUGAGCCCAUUCGGUUUCCAAUCGUGCUCUCUUUUCAACGGCUGAUGAUUGGUAUAGUGAGCGUAUUAUUUAACUACGGUGUUCAGUGAGGCGCAAGGGAAGGCGUUUAUCAGGGCGUUAUCUUUGUUUGGGCAGACUUCAACCGUGAAUCCACACCAGACCUUGAA